UAAAAUCAAUAAUUACACUGGAGGCAACAGAUCGUUUAAAUCCAUAUACGUCGUCGUUUUAGUUUUGUAUAUCGAAUCAAUUGAUUCGUUCACGAGCAUUGUCCUCCUCCGUCGGAGAAUCUCUCGGCCGAGAUGACGUCGCAGCUUCCUGUUUCCGGGGUCGGCUCGUGGCGACAUUGUGCUUGCUUCCCAUCGGCUCUCGAUUACAGUGUCCGUAGAAGCUGGAUACAUUAUUAUCCACCAUUGGUGCAGGAGAAAAGAUUCGUUCAGAAUUGUCAGAUUCUCUGUUUUCGUUGGAAAUGGCUCAAGGAUUGCAUCUGAUUUGGAUGAUCUUCUGUGUUCAUCUUAUUUGCAUCUCAAGUCAACAGGAGGAUGGGUUUAUCUAUAAUGGCUUUGGCCAAGCGGACCUUUAUACUGAUGGUGUUGCUAAAAUUCUUCCCAAAGGACAGUUGCAGUUGACUGAUGGAUCCGGACAGAAAAUGGGUCAUGCUUUCUUCAAGAAGCCUUUUGAGUUCAGUUCACCUGAAUCAUUCUCUUUCUCAACUCAUUUUGUGUGUGCGCUGGUGCCUAAGCCAGGGUUUAUUGGUGGUCACGGUAUUGCCUUUUUUUUAUCUGCCUCUAUGGAUCUCACACAGGCAGACGCAACACAGUUCUUGGGACUUUUUAACAUCUCAACUCAAGGAUCCCCCUCUUCGCACCUAGUUGCUGUUGAGCUUGACACUGCCCUUAGCGCUGAGUUUGAUGACAUUGAUGCCAAUCAUGUUGGAAUUGAUGUCAAUAGCCUUAUUUCAGUCUCAUCUACUACAGCUGCUUACUUUUCCGAGAUAGCAGGUAAGAACAAAAGCAUAAAGCUUUUGAGUGGAGAUCCUAUUCAAGUCUGGGUGGACUAUGGAGCAAGUGUACUUAACGUUUCGCUGGCCCCUCUUAAAAUUCAGAAGCCAAGCCGGCCUCUUUUGUCAAGAUCUAUGAACCUGUCAGAAACAUUUCCAGAUAGAAAAUUCUUUAUUGGGUUCUCUGGAGCAACAGGGACAUUGAUCAGCUACCAAUACAUACUCGGAUGGAGUUUUAGCAGAAACGCGGUGUCAUUGCAGGCCUUGGAUGUCACUAAACUUCCCCGAGUUCCUCGUCAUAGAGCUAAAAAUAAAAGACCACCAGCGCUGCUUAUUACUCUGCUCAUUUUACUGGCUAUCAUAGUACUUUUGGUUCUUGGUGCAGCUUAUGUCUACAGGAGAAGGAAAUAUGCAGAAGUAAGAGAAGAAUGGGAAAAAGAAUAUGGUCCGCAUCAUUUUUCUUAUAAAACUCUGUACAAUGCAACGAAAGGGUUUAACAAGGAUGGACUUCUUGGAAAAGGAGGUUUUGGAGAAGUGUACAAAGGAACUCUGUCUUCCAAAGGACAAAUAGCAGUGAAAAGAGUGUCCCAUGAUGCAGAGGAAGGGAUGAAGCAGUUUGUGGCUGAAAUCGUGAGUAUGGGCAAUCUGAAGCACAAGAAUAUGGUUCCACUUCUUGGCUAUUGUAGAAGGAAAGGUGAGUUACUUCUGGUAUCUGAAUACAUGCCAAAUGGUAGUCUUGACCAAUACUUAUUCAAUGAUGAAAAACCACCCUUUUCAUGGCAUCAAAGAUUUGUAAUCAUCAAGGAUAUAGCUUCGGCUCUCAAUUACAUGCAUACAGGAGCUCCCCAAGUUGUUCUCCACCGGGAUAUCAAGGCUUCCAACAUUAUGUUAGACACUGAAUUUAAUGGAAGGUUAGGGGACUUUGGUAUGGCAAGGUUUCAUGAUCAUGGAGCAGACCCUGCUACAACUGCUGCUGUAGGAACCAUUGGCUACAUGGCACCAGAGCUUGCUACAAUGGGAGCUUGCACUGCCACUGAUGUGUAUGGCUUUGGUGCUUUUUUACUUGAAGUAGCAUGUGGGAGAAGACCUGUGGAACCUUCCUUAUCAUCUGAAAGAUGCUAUAUAGUUAAGUGGGUAUGUGAAUGUUGGAAAAUGGCGUCUUUGCUCGGAGCUAGAGAUCCAAGAUUGAGAGGUGAAUUCUCAGCUGAGGAAGUUGAAAUGGUACUGAAACUAGGGUUGCUUUGCACAAAUGGUGUGCCAGAACUAAGACCUUCUAUGGAAGAAAUUGUGCAGUACUUAAACGGAAGCCUAAAGCUGCCUGAUAUCUCUCCAAAUUCUCCUGGUAUCGGGUCCUAUUCCCCGCUGAUUAUCGGAUCAAGCACCCUCCCUGUCUCCCCCACUACCAAGACUUUUUACUCUUCUUCCUCGGCCAACGAUUCUACAUUUGUUACUCACUCAAUUGUCCAUGGGCAUGGACGGUAAACUUGAACUUUGCUCCCUCAACUCUUAGAAUUUUCUUUUUUGAAUGAUAAAAGCCAUGAUAGGCUUGUGUGAAGGUACUUUGGUUUAGCAGGCUUACCAGUGUGCUCCACCUGUGAAGUCUAUUUUUGAUAUUUGACCACCACUGAAAAGUAGUGCUUGGAAUCUUUCUUGUAGAAGUGCUGUUAAGCAUUGUAUAUUUUGAUGUUUCUGUACAGUAAAGUUUUGUAUUUAACCGUCA